AUGGAACAUUUAACUACACAACAAAAAGUUGAUUUUGCUAAACAAGAAUUUUCCAUGCUGGUUGCUGAUAGAAACACUAAUCGAAAUCAAUCAGUUGGUUAUGAUGUUGAUCCAGUUCGAGAAGUUAAUGAUACAAUUACUCGACGACAAGCAACCUUAUUAAUCAACAAAGUUGGUUUCAAUGUAUCAAGUGCUGAAUUAUCAGAUUUAAUUCAUGAUGAAGAUUUACAUGGUAAGCAAUUUAUCGAAACAUUUGAUGAACAAGAAAUCAAUCGACGCAACUAUCAACUACUCAAAAAGAUAAAAAAAUUAACAAAGAAUGGUACCGCAAUCAAUGAUCAGAUCUAUGAAACGUUAUGUGCACAAAUGGGUGUUUCAGUUGAAGAUGGUGAUGAUGAUCAUGAUGAUGAUGAUGGCAGUUAA